AUAAAUAUCCUAAAUCCACAAGAACUGCCAAGAUCUCCAGUUCAGUAGUGAUCUGAAGCUACCUGUGUGUUUAAGUGAGUGUGUGUUUGUGCUCUCAUAAGAAAGAGGAACCAUGGUCAGCCGAUUUGAGCACCCUGCUGGUGGCUACAAGAAGAUCUUUGAGACAGUUGAGGAGUUAUCAGAGCCUGUCCCUGCAACAGUCACAGGUAGGAUUCCUUCAUUUCUGAAGGGAAGUCUUCUUCGCUUGGGACCUGGCCUGUUCGAGGUUGGUGAUGAACCUUUCUACCACCUCUUUGAUGGCCAGGCCCUCAUGCACAAAUUUGACUUCAAGAAUGGCCAAGUCACCUAUUUCCGCAAGUAUAUCAAAACAGAUGCCUACGUGCGUGCAAUAACAGAGAAGCGUGUGGUGAUUACUGAAUUUGGCACCUUUGCCUAUCCAGAUCCCUGCAAAAACAUCUUCUCCAGGUUUUUCACUUACUUCAAGGGUGUUGAAGUGACAGAUAAUUGCCUGGUGAACGUUUAUCCCAUUGGUGAAGAUUACUAUGCCGUCACAGAAACCAAUUACAUUACUAAAGUCAACACGGACACACUGGAGACGCUGAAGAAGGUGGACUUGUGCAACUAUGUCAACAUUAAUGGAGUGACAGCCCAUCCACACAUUGAAAGAGACGGAACAGUGUUUAAUAUAGGAAACUGCAUGGGAAAAGGAGCAUCACUGGCCUACAACAUUGUCAGGAUCCCACCCACACAGAAAGACAAGUCAGAUCCCAUUGAAAAGUCCAAGGUUGUGGUGCAGUUCCCCAGUGCAGAGAGGUUCAAGCCCUCCUACGUGCACAGUUUUGGCAUGUCCGAAAACUACUUUGUCUUCAUUGAGACCCCAGUGAAAAUCAACCUGCUUAAGUUCCUGAGUGCCUGGAGCAUCCGAGGCUCCAACUACAUGGACUGCUUUGAGUCCAACGAGCUUCUAGGGACAUUGUUCCACAUCGCCAGAAAAGACAUUGGAGGAGGACAAGGGGAAUACAUUGACCAUAAGUUUAGGGGUGCUCCCAUCAACCUGUUUCAUCACAUAAACACUUACGAAGAUCAAGGCUUCAUUGUGGCUGAUGUGUGUACAUGGAAAGGGUUUGAAUUUGUGUACAACUACCUUUGGCUGGCCAACCUGCGCACCAACUGGGAGGAGGUUAAGAAAGCAGCCAUGAUGGCACCUCAACCAGAGGUCAGGAGAUAUGUCAUCCCUCUGGACAUCCACAGGGAGGAGCAAGGCAAGAACCUGAUCUGCCUGCCAUACACCACGGCAACAGCAACGAUGCGUUCUGAUGGGACCAUCUGGCUGGAACCCGAGGUGCUGUUCUCUGGGCCCCGCCAAGCCUUUGAGUUCCCUCAGAUCAACUAUCAAAAGCAUGGUGGGAAGAACUAUUCAUAUGCCUAUGCCCUGGGUCUCAACCACUUCAUCCCUGACAGGAUCAUCAAGCUGAACGUGAAGACCAAGGAGACCUGGGUGUGGCAGGAGCCGGACUCCUACCCCUCAGAGCCCCUGUUUGUACAGACCCCGGACGCAGUGGAUGAGGAUGACGGUGUCCUGUUGACUAUUGUGAUAUCGCCCGGGGCACAGAAGUCAGGCUACAUGCUGAUCAUCAAUGCCAAGGACAUGUCGGAGAUCGCCAGGGCAGAGGUCGAGUGCCCCAUGCCCGUUACUUUCCACGGCAUGUACAAGCCAUAAUGUGGCAACAAUCCUUGAGGCAACAAUUUCUAGUCACCAUUUCAGGGUAUUCAGACUAAGUAUCAACUGUCCCAACAUUAGAAUAAACAAAGAGUAUAAGGGAUCAAGUCUAGGCUACAAUUACCUUGCCUUGUUGUGUCAGCAAAAAGAGGCAAAUAUCUGAUCUAUCAUGAUUUGAAGUAUUAGUAACUUUACACAACCAGUGUGUUAAAGCAUCCAUUUUGGUGAAAAAGAGCCAUUUUGCUGUAAGAAUGGAACCUGCUGGUGGUAUAAGGACAUUAAAAUAAUUAAAAACUAUUUUUCUCAGUGAGCCCACAGACCAAACUAAAUUACUGGCACCUCAAUCACAGCAACCUAAUUGGUUAACACAAUGGUUGUUUCAGUGCUGGAGGUCCAUGAGUUUGCCAUGUCUUUUGAGUAAUUUGGAGUACGUUGGAAUAAUAAACAUAUAAUCAAAACACUGACCUUUUUUUUGUAUGUCAGUUACAUUGCGGUUAAGAAAUGCAUAACUAACAGUCUAUACUAUGUGGUAUAAGCCUUGGUACAUUUUCUAGAUAAACACAAAGUACAGGGAUAAAAAUGUCCCGAAAGCAAGGCCAUACAGUUAAUCCACUCCAUUACAAUGCUCCAUCAUGAAAAUAGAAACUGAACACUUUAUUAGACCUUGUCCUCAGGAACCUCAAGGAGUGGAAAUACUAAUGAGGUCCACAAAGAUUAGUUAUGUUGCCAUAGACAAUCUGAUUACUGUGUUAAGCUUUGGUGAAAAGAAAUAAACACGUAAGCAUCUUU